AUGUCUAUCAAAAAUGAAUACCAGCAUUUCAUUCCCCAAUUUCUCAUCAAGAACUUUGCGUACCCUUUCAAGUGCCCCGAAGCCGAGCUGGCUAGGAAGAAGAAGUGCAAAUGUAGACAUGAGAAGGGAAAAUAUCCCAACGACUUAGUCGUGAACUGUGUCAACCUGCAGACCUCGCCAUUUUCAAUUGACGUCCAGCCAGUCAAGAGAAUUUUUGGCUCCCCCGGCAUGUACUUGGACCCGAACCAGCCAACAACUGGCCGGCAGCGCCGUAUUGAAAGCAUGUUCGGCAAAUUGGAAUCACAUGCGAGCUCCAUCUUCCGGAGAAUUGUCAAGUCCUACGAGGCCGGCGAUGGAGCCAUUUCGCUGACCAGGCUUGAGCGAGACGAUGUCAGAAAAUUCUUCUUUAUAUUGAAGUAUCGUGGUAGUGAAUUCCAUCGUCGAUUCUAUCAUGAGAGCGCCAGCGACUACAGCGCUAACGACCGCGAAAGGUUGCACGAGUAUAUGACACAGCGCGGUUUCUCUACUCCGCGAGAUGUUUGGUACCAUAAUCUUGAAUGUAUCAUAAAUUUGAAGAUGGAUGCGGAGGGAGAGUGGAGGGAAGAGCUUCCGCGCCAGAUGUUCUUCGACGACGCCCUCUGGUUCAUCAUGCAUGUUGGUUUUUUUUACAUGGCUCUUUGCACACCAAUUGAUCCGCAGGAUGAGUUUGUUCUGACCGACAACUGUUACAAUAUCUUCGAAGGACCCAACACCUUCAUGAAAGACAAGAGCACAGGCGAAGAGCAUGGAUCCUAUCAUGGCAGUUUUAAUGAAUUCGCCACCAUUUCCCCACGUUUGGUGGUUGUGCUAAGGUCUCUAGCACUGCCGAAUUCUCGGGAAGACAUGGACCCUGAGAUAAAAAAAUGGCGUCAAGAAACAUAUGACGCUGCCUAUGGGGACCCCUUUGGUCCAGACUGGAAGUCUCUCCUGCAUGACCUCCCGAUUGAGAAGGCAACGAACUCCUAUAGCCAAAUCGUUGGAGAUUAUAUUGUCCCAUUGCCGGAACAUGACGGGAAGUUUCGCCCAAAUGACAAGUUCAUAUUUCAAUAUUAUCCUAUUAGCCCUCGGCACGUUCAGAUACUGAACAAUCUCUUCUUGGAAAACGCUGACAGAAGCGACACACUUGCCUUCAAGAACCAAAAUACCUUCCUCAAGAUACUCGAGACUUAUAUUAGUGGCCCAUGUGAAUCGUUCAAAAUUGCGGGUGGGCCUGACAAGGAGAUUCGACUACAGUAUCUCAAAGGGCUGGAGGCUCUUGCUAGGGAUAUGGGAUCUCAGAAGACUCUUCUAUACAGGGAGAUGUCCAUACCGUGGGGCAUUGAUUCCAAACGAUUUAUGGAAAAGCAGCUGGCCUACCGUGAGCUGGUAGACCCUUCGGGAGAAAUGAACCGUCAGAAAAAUCCAAGACUAGGGUUUUUUAACAUUUAUGAAAAGCUCCACAGGAAGGAUUCCCAAGACGAGGCAGAUCUCAGUCCCCUCGGAGACGUAGCUUUAGCCAAGAGAAUGGCUCUAUUUCACAUCGAGGUUGAAGCGGAGUUCAGUAGUGCAGGACGGCUAGAAGCUCUACUAGAAGCGCGAAUGUCGCUUCAAUCCAUGCUUCAAAUGUCGAACUGUGCAACGUAUUGGCUUUAUUUGAAGCUAUGGCGCAAAUGUCUGUUUGGGGAUGACGAUGGUACUUCAGACAUCGUGGACCUUAUCGCAGAUGAUAAUAUAAGAGUCGGCCCAGAGGAUGCCUUUGCGAAUACCGGACAUAUGUAUAGCGAGAAUGUCUUGAAGAAUCUGAUGUUCACUUCCGUUUGCCAAGAUUUUACCUUGAGAAAUGGAAAAGGAGAAAGUAUCUGGAAAACCCGUUCAGAGAUUCUUAUUAAUCUACCGGAUUUCGUCAUUUAUUAUUAUGCUCUCUUUCAGACGGCAGGAAGUAUCAAACAAUGCGGGAUAAGAAAGAUUGAGAUACUAGCUGAGUGGGAGGAGAGAAAGGUUCCGCAGUCGUCGAGCUUUGGACACUUGGCUUUGUAUCCUUACCUGGACGAGGAUGAAAAACUUGAGUUGGCGAUACGAGUUCAAGUCAGAUACAAGUUUCAAGCUGCUAUGUUUGGAGAAGCAGAGCCUGAGGCACUCGAGGAAUUAGAGCACGUCCUCUUCACGCUUACAUAUCCAACACCACCUACUGAGGGCUUUUCGAUGCCUUCGGGACAGCCUGUCUAUGUGAAAGGGAGACCUGAGGCGAUUUAUUAUUGA